UUCACUUUUCACUCUUUUCAGAUUUGAUCUGUCAAGCAAUGGGGCGAGGGAAGUAAAAUCCAUGACGAAUUCAUGAAUAUUACACAAAACAUUGUUUAUUUAUUAUGAACGACAAGGUAUUUAAGGCAUUGUAUAUUGUUAUUAGAAACAUUUGAAUACUCGACUUAAAAACACUGUAUGGGACUGGUACGAAGAAAAAUGCCGGAACACUUAGAGCUGCAACACCUCGUAGACCUCUCAGCAGGAAGCGGCGAUGAAAGCAUACCGAAUCUGCUGGAAAACAAGCGCCCGCUUAUUAAACGCUGCCCUUUCUUCGGUUUGAUACUGGCCACACUCUCAUCCUUAUUCUUCUCACUAUGCUCUGUGAUUGUUAAGAGUCUUGUGAAUGUAGAUCCUAUACAACUGGCCAUGUGCAGGUUCAUAGGGAUACUCUUACCUACAAUACCUAUAGUAAUCUACACAAAUCAACCUAUAUUUCCGAAAGGUAAGAGGUUAAUGCUCGCUUUACGGUCACUGAUGGGCACAAUUGGUUUAUUGUCCAGUUUUUAUGCCUUCCGGCACAUGCCAUUGGCUGAUGCUUCAGUUAUUGUGUUUUCGGUACCUGUCUUUGUCUCAAUAUUUGCUUGUGUACUGUUAAAAGAGCCAUGCGGCAUUUGGAACAUAGUAUCCAUUGUAUUAACUCUAUUGGGGGUUAUUUUGAUUACCAAUCCCCCAUUUAUAUUUGGAGGGGAUGCGGAGGUUCAUCAGAAUUACCAUUAUAACACAGUAAAGGGAGCUUUGGCAGCCUUCGGUUCUACAAUUUUUGGCGCCAAUGCUUAUGUGUUGCUGAGAAUACUGAAAGGGCUCCAUUUCUCAGUCAUAAUGACCAAUUUUGGAAUGUAUGCUAUUUUGCAAACUUUGUUCUACUCUAUUAUUGCCGGUGUGUUAUGCAUGCCAAACUGUGGUACAGAACGGUUCCUGGUUGUUUGUCUUGCAUUGUUUAGUUAUUUGGGACAGAUACUGCUCACAAUGGCAUUACAAAUGGAGCAAGCGGGACCAGUGGCUAUAGCCCGCUCAGCAGACAUAGUUUUUGCAUUUCUUUGGCAAAUCAUGUUUUUCAAUGAGAUGCCGAGUAAAGCAUCUGUGAUAGGUGCUGUAUUAGUACUCAGUUCUGUCAUCCUGGUAGGCUUACGAAAGUGGGCAAUGGCUUUACCUGCCGACUCUGAAAUGAGAAGUAAAUUAGGUAUUCUAGCAAAAUAAUUAUAUAUUUUUGAAUCUUGAAUCCAUGAUGUAUAAUAUUGUGUAAGUGAUUAUAAUGUAACAAAUGUUGUGAAUGCUCAUGUAUCACAUGUCAUUUCAAAAAUGUUUUUACUGUAUUGUUUGAAGUGUUAUUGUAAAAUUUUUGCUUGUAAUUAUAAGAUAGAUCAUUAUAUUUUGCCAUUAAGUAGUACUAUUAAGCAUAAAAAUAACACAAUGCAAACUAUUGCACAUGUCACAAACAAACUCAGAAGUCAAAUUUAAUACAAGGGGUCUCCCUUAUUAUGGUUGUCUAACCAAAAUUAGUUAACUUAACUUAUAUUUUUAAUAUGCUUUAUUUACAACAAUCAUCAGCAUCACCUGCUUCCCUGUGUAGCAAAAAUAUGCCUAGUAUUUUAACCCUAUAUUUGGCAGUGUAUAUUCCUUAUAUAUGCUUAUUAUUAUGCAUACUGUUUAAUCAUUAUUUGACUAAAUUUGAAUUAGUUUUGGUCAAAUAGAUUUUAAGAU